AUGACAUUGCAUUAUGGGGAAACACCAGGGGAUAAUAUCUACUCAAUAACACCAGGCGGAACUCGUAUUUAUUAUGAUCGAACAUUUCUUUUAUCUCGUCGUGAAUCACCUUUGACACGAUCACCACCCUUGAAUUUACCAUAUAUUCCAGAAGGUUUUUUAAAAAUGAAAAUGAACUCCGAAAAAGAAGACAAAAUGAAUAUUUUAAAUAAUAUUGAUAAUCAAUUUAAAGAAUUAAUUGAAUUGAUUGAAAAAGAAAAAGAUUCAUCGUUUUCAAUGAAAUGUUUUGAUCGAUUAAAGAAAAAGAAAAAAAAUUCGAAAAAAAAAUGGUUUAUUAUUAGUUUUCUUAUAUUAACACUGAUAUCUAUGUAUUUUAUUUUAUCACAUGAAGAAUUAUCUUAUAAUAUCUAUUUUGUAUUCUUGUCAUUUAUUCGAUUAAUACUUAUUAAAAUUCUUCCAUUUUGGGAUUGGACGAAGAUUUAUACACAUCUAUGUUUUAUUGCCAAUCCAUUUUUUAAUCAAUCAUUGGACUUAUCAGAAUGCAAUAAAUGUGCUAAUACAACAGAAAUACCCAGACAAUCGAAUAUAACUUUUUUUAAUUUUACAAAAAGUAUUUAUCUUAAUCAUUUACCUGUUAUUAUUGAUGAUGCAACAGAAACGUGGCCAGCAAUGAAAGAAUUAACAAUAAACAAAUUAUUUCAACUUUUUAUUGAAGAUCCUGUUCUUGCCGAAAAUGAUCUUUGUUAUUUUGAAACAAAUAUUCGUAAUUAUAAUCAAGUGGGAGGUGCUGAUCGACUUUUUAAUGAUUAUAUAAAUGGUAAUCGUCGUUCCUUUAUUGUUCAAUGGAAUAAUUGUAAAAGAGAAACAUUGAAAGUUAUUCGAUCUUAUUAUAAUAAACCUUAUUUUUUACCACCAUCUGUUGCUCAAACUCUAAUGGGAAAUUGGUUUUUAGUAUCAGCAGGCUUUCAUAAAGGAAUUGAUUAUUUACAUAAAAUUCCUUUGAAUUAUGAUUGGGUUUGGUUAGCACAAAUUCAAGGUUCAAGUUUAAUUGAACUUCGACCAAAAUAUCCAUGGAGAUUUAAUUAUUUAUUCACAUUUGUAUGA